AGUCGCCGCGUAAGCGGCGCGGAGCGGAAGUCCUUUGUUGCAGCUUUCGCACCCGGGACCUGCGCGCGCCGCCCGGGGUCCGUCCCUCAGGUGUGAGAUGGCAAGGCCGAGCCAUAGCAGCUAUGUCCUUCAGCAACUGAACAACCAAAGGGAAUGGGGUUUUCUCUGUGAUUGCUGCAUUUCCAUCGACGACAUCUACUUCCAAGCGCACAAAGCCGUCCUAGCUGCCUGCAGCUCUUAUUUUCGAAUGUUUUUCAUGAACCACCAGCACUCCACUGCACAGUUAAACCUUAGUAACAUGAAAAUCAGUGCCGAAUGUUUUGAUCUCAUUUUACAGUUUAUGUAUUUAGGAAAAAUCAUGACCGCCCCGUCCAGCUUUGAGCAGUUUAAAGUGGCAAUGAACUACUUGCAGUUGUAUAAUGUUCCCGACUGUUUAGAAGACAUACAAGACGCCGACUGUUCCAGUUCAAAAUGUUCGUCUUCUGCCGCCAGCAAUCAUAACAACAAGAUGAUAUUUGGGGUGCGGAUGUAUGAAGAUACUGUGACUAGAAAUGGCAGCGAAGCCAACAGGUGGUGUGCGGAGCCAAGUUCAACGGUAAAUACCCCACAGAACAGAGAGCCUGAUGAAGAGACUUUACCGUUGGGAACUUUUCCCGACCAGCUGUUCGAUGUCUGCAAAAAGAGUUCUGUGUCCAAAUUAUCCAACUCAAAAGACCGUGUGUCCCGGCGCUUUGGAAGAAGCUUUACCUGCGACAGCUGUGGGUUUGGAUUUAGUUGCGAGAAGCUGCUGGACGAGCACGUUCUAACGUGCACCAACAGACAUUCGUAUCAAAACGCCCGGUCAUUUCACAGGGUACUGGAUGCGAGAGAUGGAAAAGACGGUAAUCCCAAAACCGACUCGAGCGACAAGGAUGCUUCCAAAGCAUUCUCCGGCCAAGCAGACAAAUAUCGGGGCGAUUCAAGCCAAGCCGCCGAUGAUUCCUCCUCAGCUGUCGGAAGCAGAAAGAACAGCACGGUUGAGUCGGAGAGGGCCGGCGAGGAGAGGAGCCGAGCCAGCGAGAGGAAGAGGAUCAUCGUCAAGAUGGAGCCAGAGGACAACCCAGCAGAUGAAUUAAAGGACUUCAAUAUCAUCAAAGUGACCGAUAAAGACUGCAACGAAUCCUCGGAUAACGACGAAUUAGAGGAUGAACCCGAGGAGCCAUUUUACAGGUACUAUGUCGACGAAGAGGUCGGCGUUAAAAAAAACCCUCGGAAAAGCCUGAAACCUCGGAUGUCCGUUAACGAAAACGAAAGAAGCGGUUUUGAGCACUCGAGGCAUCUGAACAGCAAAGCCAGUCCCGUGCACGAGGAUGCGGAAAACGCAUCCUGUGAACUCUGCGGGUUAACCAUUACAGAGGAAGACUUAUCCUCGCACUAUUUAUCCAAACAUAUCGAAAACAUCUGCGCUUGUGGCAAAUGUGGUCAGAUCCUGGUCAAGGGGAGGCAGCUGCAGGAGCACGCCCAAAGGUGCGGCGAGCCCCAAGACCUGACGGUGAACGGGCUGGGAAGCAGCGAGGAGAAAAUGGAUCUGGAAGAGAAUCCCGACGAGCAGUCCGAAAUCAGAGAGAUGAUGUUUGCCGAGAUGUUUGAUGACUUGAGGGACAGUCAUUUCCAAAUAAAUAGCCUCCAAAAGAAGCAGUUGUAUAAGCACUCUGCCUGUCCUUUCCGGUGUCCUAAUUGCGGCCAGCGUUUUGAAACUGAAAAUCUCGUGGUCGAACAUAUGUCCAGUUGCCUGGAGCAGGAUAUGUUCAAGAGCGCCAUUAUGGAGGAGAACGAGCGAGAUCACCGGCGCAAACAUUUCUGCAAUCUCUGUGGGAAGGGGUUUUAUCAGCGGUGUCACUUGAGGGAACAUUACACUGUCCAUACCAAGGAAAAACAAUUUGUCUGUCAGACCUGUGGGAAGCAGUUUUUAAGAGAACGUCAGUUGCGACUGCACAAUGAUAUGCACAAGGGCAUGGCCAGGUAUGUCUGUUCCAUUUGUGAUCAAGGAAACUUCAGAAAACAUGACCAUGUGCGGCAUAUGAUCUCUCAUUUAUCUGCCGGUGAGACUAUAUGCCAGGUCUGCUUUCAGAUAUUCCCAAAUAAUGAACAGUUGGAGCAGCACAUGGAUGUUCACCUUUAUACAUGUGGAAUAUGUGGAGCAAAAUUUAACUUGAGAAAAGAUAUGAGAUCUCACUAUAAUGCCAAGCAUUUGAAAAGAACAUAAGUGAUUUCACCCUGUAAGAGCAUUGUUAACAGCAGGAAAGAAAUACCAAAGCAAGGCAAAUGAUCUAUUACAAUUUGAUUUCCCAAAAGGAGUUGUUGGGAAAACCAAACAAAAAACAUUUCAAGGCCCUUUUAACUUCAGUUUCUUUGUUAGGAUCAUUAAGUAUAUAUCUUUUAAAAGUUAUCAAUGUUUAUUACCACUUUCACUGUUACUUAAUAGAAGUUUUUCUGUUUUUAAUUUUUGUCUUUAGAUAUGAUUAAUAUUACUUUUAAAUGUAGAUUAAAGGCACAGUGUUACCUUUAAUGACUUAUUAAAAUCAUAGUUCCAUGUUAAUAAGAUGACGACUUCACUAUUUCUUUAAAGGUUUGAUAUAAAGCUUUAAACGGGCAGGGACAAUCCUGAUUAUAUUAUCAUUUUUUAAAAAUCAGUUCAUCCGCAGGGACCAACUGCUUCACUUGUGUUUUGUUUUGUCAGCCCAGCAGUAAUUUUAUCUGCAUUCGGAUUAGCUGUGUGCCACUGGAAUUUAAAUUUUGAGGGAUUUAGUCCAAAUGAGACUUAAAGUAAACUCUGUAAGGUGUCAUAAGUGUGACAUUGGGUAGAAAAAACAGUUAAUAAGGGUAGGACUAAGACAAUCCCAGUUUUUGAAACAGGUAGAGGUCUAAGCCGUCAGACAGUAGAAUAAAAACCACGAGCUUAAAGUUUGAAACCCGAUGGCUUUGUUCUGCACUUCAUACGUCAGAGGGGUUGAAUCAUUGAGUUCCUCAAAAAAUAGUGUAACGUAUUUUUCUAACCAUUCACUGUUGCUUUUCUUAGGAUCUGCCCCUCCAAAACACCCUAAUUUAUCCAUUACUAUUAUUUAUAAAAUGACUUUAUUAAUCCUGUAGCCACCGUUUCCACAGUGGAAAAGUUAAUCUCGGUCUUUACAAAAAGUCACAUUGUCUGGAAACUGACCUUGACAUCUGAGAAAGAUACCGUUUUAACAAAGCCUACUAUGACUAAUUCUAAUUUUUUUCAUCACAGAACAGUUAAGGGGAACAUGUUCUUGAUUUAUGUAAAAUCAAAAUUUCUGUGGAGAAAAUGCUCUAUGGCUGAUUUCUAUCCUGUGCUAUUUCUCUGAAAGAGAACUGUUUUGUUUUCGUCGGUAAAAUGGCUACAGAGUGACAUCAUUCCUUUUGGAAUUAGGAUGAGGUUUUUUGCUCAUUAGUUGAAUCGGACCAUAUUGUCAUAGUAGAGUAGGACGUAGUUUAAAAUGUGAUACGAUGCAUCGAUCCAAAAAUCUCCCAGUUAAACUGUUCUAUAUAAUUUAUCAGUUAAAAAUCACAGACUUGUAAUGUGGAUAAAACUGUCAUUAAAAUAUAGCAAACAAUCAAA